AAGUUGAGGCGUGGUGAAGCUCAAUGUUUGGCCUUCCAUCUGCCGCCAAAUACAAACUUAUAAAUUCCAGACCCAGAGAAUCCAGAGACGGUGCCGCUUGCGAAUGCUCCAAGUCUCGGGUGGACCAUGGCUGCCAUUCUCGUCGUCGUCGCCUACGUCUUUGCCGUGUGGAGCAGCAGCAAAGUUGUGGCCUUACCACGCAAUCUCACCACCAUUCUCAGCCACUAUCCCGAGUUUAGCAACUUCAACACGCUCCUCACGGAGACGUCCGUCGCGGAGGUGAUCGACAACAUGGAAUCCGCGACCCUGUUUGUGCCGGACAACAGCAAGCUUCUGCGGGACCUUAUCUUCCAGCUCAGAGUGGACCCGUCGAUGAUGGACCUCAUGUCCGACCUUUGCAAGUUCCAUGCCACCAGCGACUAUCUCGACGUCCAGCGCUUCAAGUCCAACUCCACGACCCGUGUCGAGACGCUGCUGCCCCGCCGGAGCUUUCUCAUAACGGUGGACACGAGAGGAGACAUGAGGAUCGUCGACUCAAAUCGGAGCUCGCUCACGAAGCCUGCUAUCAUCCAGGGAAACGUCCAGAGCCCGGGGACGCUGGGUGUUAUCAGCAUCGACCGGGUGCUCAACCCGGCCUACGCACUGCGCGACGCUGCCGGGGCCGCCAAGAACGACAGCGCUCCGACGCACUCCAACUCCAGCUCGAGCGACACCACGACGACGAACUCGACAUCAUCCUCUGCAAGCUUCUCCUCAGAUGAGUAUCGCGCUCCUCCUACCAGUCGGACCUUCGUUUUGCUAUUUACGACUUUGGUCGCUUUGUUUCGUCUCUAGCUAGAGAGUUCGCAUAAACAAAAGCUCCAGAGUUUUCUACAAAGAUAAGUUUUUUUCUCUUGAAAGUUU